AUGUCUUGGGCCGGGUUCAAGAAAAAUGUCAACCGUGCGACGACGCAGGUGAUGAUGAAGACCGGGCAUGUUGAGAGGACAAAUGAUCGAGAUUACGAGAUUGAAGAACGACGGUACCGGACCAUGGAGACGGCCGCAACCCGCUUACAGAAAGAAGCUAGGGGAUAUCUGGAUUCGUUACGAGCCAUGACGGCCUCACAGAUGCGUAUUGCAGAGACAAUCGAUGCUUUCUACGGCGAUGCUGGUACAGGGGAUGGUGUGAGCAGAAGUUACAAGCAGGCUGUCGAGGAUCUGGAUGCGGAAACGAUUAAGGCUCUAGAUGGACCGUACAGAAACACCGUCCUGGACCCCAUAACCCGCUUCUGCGCCUAUUUCCCUGACAUUAAUGAGUGCAUCAAGAAGCGAAACCAUAAGUUAAUUGACUACGAUGCUAUGCGGGCCAAGGUUAAGAAGCUAGUUGAGAAGCCGGACAAGGAUGCGACCAAGCUACCACGGGCGGAGCGUGAUACCGAGAUAGCCAAACAGGCGUAUGAGGAACUAAACGAACGACUUUUCACUGAGCUCCCACAACUCAUUGACCUGCGUGUUCCGUAUUUGGAUCCCAGCUUCGAGGCUCUCGUCAAGAUCCAGUUGCGCUUUUGUGCGGAGGCGUAUUCUCGCAUGGCACAGGUACAACAGUAUCUCGACCCUGAGACAAGAGACCAAUACGCUCGGGGUGACUUGGAUAACAAGGUGGAGGAAGUGCUACAGGAGAUCCGGGAUCUCAGCAUUGCAGGGACAGUUUAA